CUGGCUGACGAACACUCCAAUGGCCUUGGUGAAUACGAUGGUAACCCACUACUUCGGCUCUAUGCCCGGAUGGAUGCCGAUGAUGACUUGGCCGAGGCCGAAGAGCACUUGGCCUCUACUGAGACUGUCGGCUCCCAAAACGAAACAGGGGCUCCCAGUGGUGGCGUCUAUCAUUCAAUGUCCGCUGGGGAUGCGGACAUACUAGACCUUUGCGCCAUAGGAAUGGAGGUGGCGAGUGGUGAUCAUGAGGGCGAGGAGCCAGAGGAUCAUGCCAAACUUAUAGGAGACAAUUCCAAAACUCUACUGCCUCUUGGAUCCUCAGCGCCGGGUGUUGCUGGAUCUGGUGGUGUUGUCUCGCUUGAGGUGCGGCAGGAACAAAUUGAGGUGCUUCAACGCAGAUGUGUGGAACUUGAAGUGCCUCUUCUGGCCGAAUAUGAUUUCCGCCAGGAUCGCGUAAAUAAGAACAUUGCAAUCGACCUUAAGGCCAGUACCAGCCUCAGACCCUACCAGGAGAAAAGUCUGCGCAAGAUGUUUGGCAAUGGGCGUGCCCGUUCUGGCGUUAUUGUGCUACCCUGUGGUGCUGGAAAGACUUUGAAUCUGGCAAGUGUCUGA